AGGCGGCGCGGGGCAGACGCGGGGAGGAAAGGAGGAGGGAGGCACGGCGGGCGCGGGGCCCGGAGCGGACCUGGACCACCCUUCCCAGCAAAAACACAAGCAAAUGCUUCAGCUCCUCAUUCCUGUCUGCUGACCACACCAGGGUGACCAUGGCUCAAAUCAGCUUCCAAGCCUGAGGGCCAGAGGUGGUGAGAGACCUGUCUCAGGGUGAGGGCCCACAAUGGUGUCAAUGGAGGGUGUGUACUCAAUGGAGCCAAUGCCCGACGGUGCCAGCCCCACCUCGCUGGACAUGCUCAGCCUGCUGGAUGUCCUGGUGAACAGAACAGAGGAGCAAUGCUUCAGCACCCGCUCCCGUAGCACCGUCCUGGAGGGGCUGCCGUUUGGUGGUGUGCCCACCGUGCUUGCCAUCAACUUCAUCCUCUGGCUGCUUCUCCUCUUGGUCUUCUCCUGCCUUCGGAAAGCUGCCUGGGACUAUGGGCGCCUGGCCCUGCUGAUGGACAACGAUAGUUUGACAUCACUUUUCUACGGAGAGCAGAGCGAGAAGGAGAAGUCCCCAUCAGAGAGCAGCCCUCUGGAUGUUGACAACAAGGACGUGGGAUUUUGCUCCUGGCUCAUUUCUAUCUACCAGAUGAAGGAUGAGGAGAUUCAGAGCAAGUGUGGGAUCGAUGCCACCACCUACCUCUCCUUCCAGCGGCACCUCCUGGUCCUGCUUAUGCUGGUCUGCAUGCUCUCUGUGGCUGUCAUCCUGCCUGUCAACUUCUCAGGAGACCUUCUAGGACACAAUCCUACCCACUUUGGACGGACAACCAUUGCCAACAUCCCAACACAAGACCGACUCCUGUGGCUGCACAGCAUCUUCGCCCUCAUCUAUUUUAUCCUCACCAUCCUCUGCAUGGCUCACCACUCCGUCCACCUUGAAUACAGAGAGAAUGAGAAGGUCGCUCGGACACUGAUGGUUACCCACAUCCCGAAGGAGAUCACAGACCCUUCCCUUAUCAUCAAGCAUUUCCACGAGGCUUAUCCCAGCUGUACUGUCACCAAUGUCCAGUUCUGCUUCGACGUGCGCAAGCUGAUGAAGCUGGAUGCGGAGAGGCGCAAGGCCAUGAAGGGUCGCCUGUACUUCACCACCAAGGCGCAGAAAGAGGGGAGGAUCAUGAUCAAAACCCACCCCUGUGCCCGUAUCUUCUGCUGCCACUUCUGUGGCUUCGAGGAGGUGGAUGCAGAGCAGUACUAUGGGGAGCUGGAGGAGAAGCUGACGGAUGAGUUCAAUGCUGAGCGCAACCGCAUCACGCUCAAGCGGCUUGACAUGGCCUUCGUCACCUUCCAGGAUGAGCGGAUGACAGCUGUGAUUUUGAAGGACUACAGCCGUAUCCGCUGCCGCAAGCACCCCCAGCAGUCCUCUGUCACCACCGUGGUCAAGUCACACCAGUGGGGCAUUUGCUAUGCCCCUGCACCCAGCGAUAUCAUCUGGGAGAAUUUAUCCGUCCAUGGCACAUCCUGGUGGCUGCGAUUCAUCCUCCUUAAUAUCUGCCUCUUCAUCCUUCUCUUCUUCCUCACCACGCCAGCCAUCAUUGUCAACACUAUGGACAUGUUCAACGUCACGCACCCUGUGGAGAGCCUCAAGAACCCCAUCAUCACCCAGUUCUUCCCCACGCUGUUGCUCUGGGCCUUCUCCGUCUUCCUGCCCUUCCUUGUCUACUACUCAGCAUUCUUUGAGUCACACUGGACAAGGUCAAGUGAAAAUCAGCUCACCAUGCACAAGUGCUUCUUCUUCCUGGUGUUCAUGGUCAUCAUCCUGCCCUCGCUGGGGCUGAGCAGCCUGGACCUUUUUUUCCGCUGGCUCUUCGAUACCCACUUUCUGGAUGAGGCUGAUAUCAAGUUCCAGUGCGUUUUCCUCCCAGACAACGGCGCUUUCUUUGUCAACUAUGUGGUGACCUCCAGUCUGAUUGGCACAGCUAUGGAGCUGCUGCGCAUCCCCGGCCUCCUUGUCUACACUGCCCGCCUCUGCUUUGCCAAGUCUGAGCCUGAGCGGCUCCAUGUCAAGCGGAGCCAAGCCUACCAGUUCCAGUUUGGACUGGAGUAUGCCUGGACCUGCUGCAUCUUCUCUGUUGUCAUGACCUACAGCAUCACCUGCCCUAUCAUCGUCCCCUUUGGGCUGCUCUACAUGCUGCUGAAGCACAUGGUUGACCGGUACAACAUUUACUAUGUGUACAUCCCCACCAAGCUGAACCAGCGCCUCCACGUUGCUGCCAUCAGCCAGGUUGUGGUGGCCCCCAUCCUCUGCAUGUUCUGGCUGCUCUUCUUCUCCGUCCUGCGCCUUGGUCCCACUCGCCCUGUCACCCUCUUCACCUUUGUGGUCCUCCUUGCCUGCAUCAUCUUCUCCUUCUUUGGCCUCUGCCUGAAGAAGCUGCAGCCACGGAAACCCUCUAGCUACCAGAUGUCUGACCAGUCUGAGGGCGCCUUCAAUGAUGUGGAGCGGAGCAGCGUCUCCUCUACCCCCAACUCCAACCUCUUUGUGGCCACUGUCCUACAGGAGCCUGAGCUGAGUCUGACACCAGCGGCAUCCCCAGCACACCAGUCCUAUGGCACCAUGGGCAACCACCUGGAGCCAGCAGAAGACGGGGAGGAUGGAGGGCUGCAGAGCUUUGAGACAGAACUGGAGACAGUAGAGGGCGAGUACAGGAGUGGCCCAGUGAUGGAGAGCCAGGCCCGCUACCAGUGAGCAUCCACCAGGGCAAGGACCAGCUGUGCCGAGUGGAGUACGUGCCAGGGAAUAGGAAGGAGCCUUCCCAGUGCUGAUGGGGCCACCUUGCUGACAGGGCUGGGGGACAACAGAAUUGAUGCAAAGGAGAGACCUCAUUGUAUGUGAAGUGGCAAGAGGCUCUGCUGGUCCCUCCACAGCCUGGACUGGCUCAGCCUCCCCGUUGCCCCUGUAACUCACCUACCUUUUCCAGCUCAUCGUGAGGAAGAAGAGGGUGCAGUGAUGAGUGGAGAGGAUCUCUCUGAAAGGCAGUGCUUUUAGGGGUAGGAGGGAGGCCCUGGCCCCUCUGUGAAGAGGGUAGCAGACCAGACAGCUCAGAUGAAUGUGCCCACCCACGUGCUGUCCCCCAGGUCCUACGUGGCAUGGGACAGCCACUCCUAAUCCUUGCUUCCCACCAUGCCCACCCCUGCUGCCAGCUGUCCAGCUGCCUCCCCAGAUGCUGACCUUGCAGGCUCCUGCCCACCCCUGCUGCCACCAACAAGGCUUUGCCCAGCAGGGACUGCUGAGAGGAGUGUGCUUUGCUGGAGAAGCAGCUCCAGUCUUUGCCUAAGCACCAGCAUCCCUACCUUGAGGCAGACAUCAAAACAUAAAACAAGCUCUUCCCUGCCAUCCCCCUCCAUCCCUCCGCUGCUGCACCAUGCACGUGGCCUUGGGUCCUCAGGGAGGAGCAGGAGGACAAGGGGCAGUUGUUUUAAUGUCUGUGAGGCCAGUUCCUUAUCAUCCCUCUCUCCUGGGUAGCAUCUCCCUUGUACGCAGGCUCUGUGGAGCUGGCUGUGUGACUCUGCAUGGGUCCGUUCUGUUGCAGCAGAAACAAGGAGGGGGGAGUCUGGCAGAACCCCAGCCUCUAGGUCCUGGUCUAUGACAAGCUGCAACCAUGGGAUGCUCCCCCAGAAGCCACGAUGCCUCCUGAGUGUGAGUCCUGCUGCUAUUGUAAAUGUGCCAGCUCCUUGCCUGGGCAGCAUCCUUGGUGUUUCCCAGCUCUUCCACAGCAGCCGUGGGGACCUCUGGGGAUAAGGGUAGACCUUUGCCCUGCUUGGCCUCUCUCCCAUCAGGCUAACCUGUCCAGUCGUGCUGGCUUCUCACUCAGCCCUGCUUUGACCUUGGGACUCAUUGUCCUGCUCCUGAUUUUCCUGCUGGCUUCAGAGCAAUUCUAGCUGCUGUCCCAGGGCUGUGCAGGGAGGGAAGGAUCAACAACACAGCUUUGAUGGCACCAUGGCUGCUGGCAGGGGAAGUGCUGCUUGGCAAAAGCAGAUGCUUGGCACCAAUCAGCAUUACUGGUGCCACUGUCAGAAUGGACAUGGUGUGUCAGUCCUGUGAAGGGGGCAGCUCAGCAGUAAACUGUAGGUCUCUGUUGGACGUAGGUGAGCUCUGGGACAUCCCUGUGUGCUGAUGGGUCUCAGCUAGCUGGCAGCUCUUUGGUCCCUGUCCCACUCACGCUUCUGCAUGCUGGGGUGAUGGCUGCAGCACACUGGUCACUGAGCUGUUGCCUGCAGGAGCCUUGAGCUCAUCCACUCCUUCCUAACCCAAAGAAGCACUGUGGAGAGCUCACAGCUCCCUGCCUAGGUGUCCUUGGGGCUGCCUGCAGCUCAGCUGCUGCCCUCACUGCCUGCCCCUAGCUGGAGCAGGAGGAUGCUGGUGGCCUCUCUCUGGGUAGAAGCAAGUGCCUGCAAGUGGCACCAUGUCUUCAGGAGCUCAGGCUGCUGGUCUCAUUGCCCUGGGCUGCCCCACUGUAGGAAUGUGCCAGAGGUCUGUACCUUCUUGUGAUUUAUUGCUAUGACUGUGCCUUGAAUAAAAUGACUUCACCCA